AUGCGUGAUAUUUAUUUACAACAAUUAUCAAAACAAUUUCAAUUUGAACAUUUGCCUAAAAAUUUAAAUUUUGAGGCGAAAAAUGAAGAAAAUAAAAAAUCCUCUUCAAAUGAGCAACUCAUUUCUCUCAAAUUGGAAUUGGAUAAUUCACAGAAAAAUGUUCAGACACUACAAGAACAGCUUCAAAUAACUUCUUUACAGGCUAAUUCUCGAUUGAAAAUGGUUGAGGAAGAGUUGGAAACUACUCGUGCUAGAUUUAACGAAAUUUGUUCUCUCAAAGAUUAUUUAGAGGAAAGUUUGCGUAUUGCACAAGCUACUAUUGAAAAGAAUAAUUUGAUAAAUGAUAUUUCUGUGGAAGAUCAACAACAGUCUUCAACAACAGAAUUAGAAUCAUUAAAACAACAAAUUUCUAAUUUAUUAUUAGAACAAGAGCAACAAUUAAAUUUAAAUAAACAAACAUUGGAUAAACUUGAAGAGGAGAAAAAUGGGCAAAUUGAAGAAUUAAAAAGUGAAUUGAAUGAGGCAAUGGAAAGAAUUGGGGAAUUGGAAAAGGAUAAAAUUAUUAGAGGAAAUAUUGAUCAGGUUUAUUUUGGGGAGGGGGUUUUUAAACGAAUUAGGAUACCUACAUAUUUUGAGUUCACGUUGAACUCCAUGGGUGACAUAAAAUUUGGUUGA